AUGGCUAUUGUCAAAAUAUCUCGGCCGGUACGCCAAAGAAUUGUUCAAGAACAUCACGAUAAAGAUGGUGACAUUUUAUUUGAAGAUGCCGAUAGUGAUUAUGAGCAGGGCAUCGACAUGUCGAAUGUGAAUGCAGGCACAGUCAACAAUACCAACCUGGUGACACCUGGUGAACUAGUUACUGAUGAGACAACUUGGAUGAGAGGUCAUGGUACGUAUUCCGAAGAUAAUAAGAUAUACUCUUCAGUGGCCGGCACGAUUUUGCGGGUGAACAAGCUGCUGAGUGUCAAGCCUUUGCGUGGACGGUACCCGCCAGUUAUUGGUGACCAUGUUGUAGGCCGAAUCACCGAGGUCGGAAAUAAGCGAUGGAAGGUGGACAUUGGCGGAAGUCAAGAGGCGGUGUUGAUGCUAGGGUCUGUGAAUUUGCCCGGCGGUGUGUUGCGACGUAAAUCUGAUAGCGACGAGUUGCAGAUGCGCAAGUUGUUAAAAGAGGGCGAUCUGCUGAACGCUGAGGUACAAUCGAUUUUCCAGGACGGUGCUGCGUCGCUUCACACCCGAUCGCUGCGGUAUGGAAAGCUGCGCAACGGGUACUUUUUGGCGGUGCCUUCAUCGUUGGUGAUCAAGUCCAAGGUUCACGCGUACAAGUUGCCAGAUAAUAUUGACUGCAUUUUGGGUGUUAAUGGGUACAUUUGGCUGAGCAAGCGAACCAAGGCAUCUGCUGCAGAAAAUGCAAACGUGUCGAUUACAAGACUGGAGGAAGAGGCCGGACUGGAGAUUUAUAGCGAUGUGAAUGAGGAGAUUUCAACCAGCACACGUGAGGCAAUUGCACGGUAUGCUAAUUGCAUUCACGCUCUGGCAUAUGCGGAGAUCGGCAUCAAUGAGUCGCGGAUAAUAGCAGCUUACGAUGCCAGCAAUAUUUACAAAACUGCGGCUGAUUUGGUUGAGAAUGAGGUCAAGUUGGCCAUUGCCAAUGAAGUGGUUAAGCGGGAGCGUGAAGCGAAUUAG